CGCACAUGCAACAAUUUUAGAGUGGUGUCCCUUAGUACCAAUUUGGAGCACAUGAAAAAUAACAUGGCAAACAUCAGCAAGUCUGAUUUGUUAAAAGCAAUUAAAGAAAUUGUCAAGGGAAAUGAUCUUUCAUCAUUGUCAGCCAAAAAAGUACGAAGAGCUCUAGAGGAGAGGUUUAAUGUGGACUUUACAAACAGGAAGAAAGAAGUGGAUGCUGCAACAAUGGAAAUUGUGAAGCAAAUGACUGAAGCAGGUUCUGGUGCAGAGGAUAGUGAUGAUAAUGUAGAAGAGGCGAAGAGUAAUGGUACUAACGAGUCAUCGGACAACGAUCUGUCAGAUGAUGAACCUCCAACCAAGAAAGUGAAACCAGAGAAGAAGGAUGCAGGUGAAGAAGAUGAAGACAUUGCUCGUCGAUUACAGGAAGAAGAAAACACGUCAAGACGGCCAUCUCGUGCCGUCGCUAAAAAACCAAAGAAACCAAGAAAAAGGAAAGAAAAAGACCCAGAUGAUAAAAAGCAAAAGAAAUCUGUGUACAGCAAGCCAUGUUCAUUAUCCCCGGUACUGGCAGAGGUUAUGGGUACAGAUAAGAUGGCAAGAAGUGAGGUUGUGAAAAAGAUGUGGACCAUCAUCAAAGAAAGAAAUCUCCAGGAUCCCAAGAAUAAGCAAUUCCUUCUGUGUGAUGAUCAGUUAUUCAAUGUUUUCAAGAAAAAGAGAGUGAAAACAUUUGGGAUGAUGAAAAUCUUAAGAAACCACAUAUAUGAUCUACAGGACUAAUGCCUUUUACAUGGUGAGCAUUUUGUUUUUCAAAUGUGUACUGCAUAUGUGUAAUUAACCUUUUAUCUGAAAUUAUUCAGGAUGGUUUGGAUUCAUUUAUAUAUACAGACCUUGAAGCAUGUUAUUCGUGGUCUUUGGUUAUCAAGUCUUCCAACAGUCUGUUGGAAUUCCCAUGGGCACGAAUUUUGCUCCUUUGUUAGUUGACCUGUUUUUAUAUUCCUAUGGAGCAUAAUUUAUUUUUAAAAACUUCUACGUGAGAAGAAAAAAAUCUCUUGCUGUGGCCUUCAUUUCAAAUUUAGAUAUAUUGACGACGUUUUAUCUAUUAGCAAUAAUAACUUUCAUUCAUAUGUCGAUUCGAUUUAUCCCUGUGAAUUCGAAAUAAAAGACACCACAUAGUCAUCUACUUCUGCUUCAUACUUAGAUAUUUUAUUGAAAGUAGAUACUAACGGCAAACUAACAACUCAACUUUAUGACAAACGGAAUGAUCUCAGCUUCUCCAUUGUCAGUUUCCCAAAUUUUUGUAGCAAUAUUCCAUUAUCACCUGCAUAUGGUGUUUAUAUCUCUCAAAUGAUUCGAUACGCAAGAGUUUGUUCUGCAUAUGGUCAGUUUUUAAAUCGAGGCAGGCUACAGACAAACAAGUUGAUGGUGCAGGGGGUUUCAGUAGUCGCGUUUAAAGUCAGCAUUUCGCAAAUUCUAUGGUCGUUAUAACGAUCUAGUUUGCCAAUACAACCUAUCAUUGGGUCAAAGGCUGUCUGACGUGUUUCAUACCGAUUGUUAGACCGUUCUUGGCACACUGAUUUUGACUAUGGAUAACUCCGUUUACCUGAUCAAGAUAUAGGGUUCACGGCGGGUGUGACCGGUCGACAGGGGAUGCUUACUCCUCCUAGGCAGCUGAUUCCACCUCUGGUGUGUCCAGAGGUCCGUGGUUGCCCAACUCUCUAAUUUGUAUUGCAAUUGCUUAUAGGAGUUAUGAGAUUGAUCACUGUUCGUUAUCUACACCUUUUAUUACACCACUUACACAGAAUGGUAUGGUAUGCUUUAUACAAAAUGCAUGCUGCCUGCUUUGUUAACGGUCUUCAUGAAAUGGUAGGUGCGGCUUGCAUAUUUUAUGAACAUUCUGUAUGAAAUGGUAGACAUGGUUUAGAUUCAACUUGAAGUUAGUUCAAAUCAAAGCCCUUCAGGAUAGGGUGAGGCCACAACAUGGGAUUAAAGUAUUGCAUGGUGAUAUAUAGGAAAAAUCUCUAAAACUCUUAUCAGCAGCAGCAGUGCCAUAAUUACAUGUACUCAUAUGAAUAUGCAGGGCCAUGAUUACUCAUAUGAAUAUGCAACCAUCCCCUAGUAGUUCAGAUUCAAGUUUGGUCAAUUGUAAUCCCCGCGGAUAGGGUGAGGCCGCAAUAGGGGAUCAAAUUAUUUUUUAUCAUAGGAAUAUAUUAGGAAAAA